GAUACUUAAGGCGGCGCGGGGGCCGCGGCGGCGGCAGACGCGUGUGUGCGCGCGCGCAGCACCGGGGCCGCGGCCGGUGCCACCGGGGCCUCCCCCGCCCUCCCCUCCCCCCGCGCAGCGCUCGCCCCGGGCCGCCCUCCCUCUUUCCCCCCCCCGCCCCGUCCCCCGCAGCCGGGCGGGGGAGGAGGAUGGAAACACCCUUCUACCAUGAUGAUGUGUUGAGCGGCCUCGGCAGCGGCUUCGCCCCGUCCUCCGGUAGCACCGGGCUCCUCCUGCCCUUCCCCGGCGGCAGCAUGAUGAAGAAAGACGGGCUCGGGCUGGCGCUGCCGGAGCAGGUGGCGGCGGCGCUGAAGGCGCCCGGCGCGGCGGCGGCGGCGGCGGCGGCGGGCCCGGCGGCGGGCGGCGAGGCGGCGGCGGCGGCGGGGCUGCUGGGCUCGGCCGAGCUGGGGCUGCUGAAGCUGGCGUCGCCGGAGCUGGAGCGGCUCAUCAUCCAGUCCAACGGGCUGGUGACCACCACGCCGACCAGCGGGCAGUUCCUCUACCCCAAGGCGGCCGCCUCCGAGGAGCAGGAGUUCGCCGAGGGCUUCGUCAAGGCGCUGGAGGACUUGCACAAGCAGAACCAGCUGGGCACCGGCGGCGGCGGCGCGGCGGCGGCGGGCGGCGGCGGCGGCGCUGAGCUGCCCGCCGCCGGGCUGGCGCCGCCGCCCGAGCCGCCGGUCUACGCCAACCUCAGCAGCUACCCGGCGGUGAGCUACGCGGCCGAGCCGGGCCCCUUCGCGGCGCCGCCGCCGCGGCUGCCCCCGCCGCCGCCGCCGCCGCUGAAGGACGAGCCGCAGAUCGUGCCCGAGGUGCCGAGCUUCGGCGAGAGCCCGCCGCUGUCGCCCAUCGACAUGGACACGCAGGAGCGCAUCAAGGCGGAGCGGAAGCGGCUGCGGAACCGCAUCGCCGCCUCCAAGUGCCGCAAGAGGAAGCUGGAGCGCAUCUCGCGCCUGGAGGAGAAGGUGAAGAGCCUCAAGAGCCAGAACACGGAGCUGGCCUCCACCGCCAGCCUGCUGCGCGAGCAGGUGGCCCAGCUCAAGCAGAAGGUGCUCAGCCACGUCAACAGCGGCUGCCAGCUCCUGCCGCAGCACCAGCACCAGGUGCCCGCGUACUGAGGGGGCCGCCCCGACGGGGCUGCCGGGGGGGGGGGGGGGCCACGCCGCUGCCCCCUUCCUCCACCGCGGACUCGGAGCUGGGCGCUCGGCGACCCCCCCCGGACGGACGCAGGGGGCCCAAAGGGGGCACCCCCCCCCCCCCCAAAGGAGACACUCGCACCAGGGCGGCCCCCGCCCUCCUCCUGCCCGGCCCGGCGCGGACUUAGCGCCCCCCCCGCCGUCGGGGCUGCGCUCCCGGGCCGGAAAACCCCCAUGGACUUCGAGGUACCGGGGCUCGGGGGGGGGGAGCAGGACAGCACCCCCCCUUCCCCGCCGCCCUUCGCGGGCACGGACUGCAGCAAGCGGGGCGCGACCCCCGCCGGACUGAGGGGCGCCGGGACCCCCCCGGACACCCCCCUCCACCAACGGACUGAGGGGCGCCGGGACCCCCCCGGCCCCCCCCCCCCCGGACUGAGGGGCGCCGGGGCGGCGGCGGCCCCGCGCCCGCCACAUUCCAGUGAGGCCCCAGUAAAGCCCGCGCCGGA